UUUGUUUUGCUUUUUUGACUUUGUGCUUGUCUGUGCUUGCUUUUUGACCAACCAAUCGUUUGAGGUACAAAACAGUUCAUAACGAAACUUUGUAGGCUGAAGUGUACAACUGCGGCUGUCGCGGCGGUAAAUUGUGUUUUUUCCCAUUUAAUAAUAUUUGUGCUUAAACGAUUAUAUUCACUCGCUCGAAAUAUUUAAAUAAAAAUUGUUUCGGUGAAAAUCAAGUGUAUUCCUACAAUAACAACAAAAACAUCUAUCUAUCUAUAAAUAAACAAAUAAACCAAAAAUAGUGAGUUCUGCCUUAACAUUGAUUUAUUUUUGUGAGUGUAUAAAAAAUAUUUAUUUUUGGUUUUUGCAUUUUUACAUUAUACAUAUGUACAAAUAAAACAAAUCAAAAUACAUAAUAAAAAAUUAAACGUUCUAUUUAAAAGAAUUUUUCAUUUCGCUUUUUUGAGUCGUUUCGCUCGUUUAUGUUUUUGACAUCUAUGUUGAACAGAAACAACAACAUUUUCAGCAGAGACCCGCAGUAGUUCGAUUGCGCGUAUUUUCUAUUUUGAAAGCAAAAACAUCAAUAACCUCCCAAAAAAAAAAGAAAAGUUUUCCGAAUACUUGCAUAAAGUAAAUGAGUUCAACAACAACAAUAACAAAAACAUGAAAAUAGCUCUGCAUGUCAAUUCAAAAAUCUACCCAGAAAUAAUAAAAACAAAAUACAAAAACAACGUGUAAGAAAACAACAAAACAACUUUCCAUUAAAAAAAUUCGUUUUUCACUAAAAAAAAGUAAAAUACAAAAAAAUAAACGUCAAAGAAAAAUACUAAAAAAAUAGAAUCCAAAAGAAUGUUUAACUAAAUAAGAGAAAAGUUUUCACAAAAAGUCAAGAAAUAGUAAAAUAUAAAAGAAAAAAUCAAAUAAAACAAGAAAAUUUCUAAAUCAAAUACAAAUUUGUGUGUCUACAGUUUUGAUUUAAAAAAAAAUUUUAAAAAUACCUACUUAAUAAAUAUUUUACUUAUAAAAAGAUAAAAGGUUUUGUUUUGUUAAAAAUUUUAAAUUUUUAUUUCAUCAAUUGUAUAAAAUUUCAUUGUUUUUUCAAACAUUGCGGAUACAAGUUUUUAAUACUUCAGACUUUUUAAAGCUUUAUAUUCUGGAGAACAUGAUAAACAUUUUUAAUAUCUGAUUUCCAUGUUAGCAAUUUCUCAUAUGAAUGCAAAUGUUGUUUAAUUCUCAUAUAAAAUUCAAGUUUUUCAAAAUUUCAAGUAUCGUAAUGUCUUUUACCUGGCUGCAAAAACUACUUUAAAUUUGAACUGUUUUAAAAAUUGAUCUCAUAUUACGAGAAUAAUAGCGUCCUCUUACUUGCAACUCUCCUAAACUUUUUUUUACAAAAAAAAGUACACCAACUAUAGAUUGUUUGAUACAAUAAAAAAUAUAAAUAAAACAGCUUUUAUUAUUGUUUGCUUACAAAAUACAAAAAAAUAUAUAUGUAUAAUAAAAAGAACUUCAACAAUUUUGGAAUAAUUUUUGUUGUUGUUUGUGAACUGCAAAACCUUCCCAGCAACUAUUGAGUCAUUCAGUUAGUCUGUCAGUCAGUCAGUGAGCUUGUAAGGGAAUAAUCAACCUUACAAACAUCAACCCAAAAACGUUCAUACAGCCAACCAACCAUCAAACCAGGCAAACAAUAUUCAACUUAACUACUGCCACUGCAACUACUAUUACAACGCCAAUCCUGCUCUGCUCUUAUACUUUUAGUUUUGGUAUAGAAACUAUAGCGCUAUUUUGUAGCUCUCAUACACACAUACCUGCAAACAAAAACUAAAAAAACAAGUAUCCUUAAAUGCCUUUAACUGCAAGGCUAUUGAGCUAUAGCAGUGGUCCUGAUGUCGACCGUAAUGUUAAACAAACACGCGGAAAUGACACAAAUUGCUCGAAUAAUAUGGCCACAAAAUAUCAACAGCAACAUGACCAACAACGCAAUGAAAACAUACCGAAAUUAUUUGAAACGAAGAAAAAUAUAACAAAAACACAAGAUGUGACAUCAAGGAAUAAUACGACAUGUCCUAGAAGCAUUUCAUAUACAAAUUUAGAAAAUGCAACUAAAGGCAACAUCAACUACAACGAUAAUACAACAACAUACAAGCUAAAAGGUUCAUGGGCUUUAAGCCAAAGUAAUGGGCAAAUUGCCAAACAACUACAAGAUGUAGAAAAUGAUCAAAAACAACAACAACAGCAACAACAACAAAGAGAACAGCAAAAUAUUGUCUUUGAUUAUGGCAGAAAUAGAAAACUUAAUGGUAGACGUAAUAGUUCUGCAUCUUCUACACCAUCCACAAAAAUAAAACGUUGGCAUGUUGGCCAUAAAGGAAAUGAUGUAACAAAAGAUAUGAAAUUGGCUAAAAGCCUUUUGGGACCAAAUCAAUUGGCAACAAAAGCAACAGAAAACGAAACAGCAGUAGCAAUGGUCGCCUUAACAAAGCAACACAAUCAAUUAGUUGGUGGCUCUACAAGCUUCUUAAACACUACUCAUCGUCAUCAUCAGUUUCAACAACAGCAGCAGCAGCAGCAGGAGUUUAAUGCAAAUGGUGCUGUUGACUACUAUGAGUUUAGUGAUAAUGAUUCUACUGAUGAUGAUGUUGUUGAUUAUCCUACUGUUGCCGAGAAUGAUAACGUUAGGGCAGACAACAAUAGUUCUCAUACCUUUACGCCAAGAUUAAAUAAUAAUAAUUAUAGAGAAUCAUGUCCAGCAGCUACAACUACAAUUACCACACCAAAAGCACGUAGACCAUCUAAGCAAUGGUUCAAAAGAAAGAAUUGGUUAUCCCAGGAUGAUGACGAUAUUGUUGGUAUUUCUGCUAAUGCUGUCGGCAGUUAUGGCAGUGCUAACGAUGGCCUACAAACAUUUCUACCCAAUCAAUUUCGCAUGGAAUUCUUGAGCAAGCAACAAAGCGAUACUCAGCCAAUUUAUAGCCCUACCAACAGCGAGGCUACAACUAAUAAAAAUGUUAACGACCAUUGUUGGCCAAUAGAAACGAACAGCAGCAAUCAAGCGGAAAAUUAUAUUAUCUACAACAAUAAUAAUAAUAACAGUUGCACAAGAACAGGCAGCAGCAAUUGUAUUAUGUUGCAACAAAAUGUAACUAAUGAAUAUUCCAACAAUAAUUUAAAUGACUUUGAUGAUUAUGAAUUUAACUACAAUGAUCAUUAUAACUUGGCUGACAGCAACAACAACAAUAACAAUAACAUUAACAAUACAAAUGAAAUAUUCUAUAAUGAAUUUCAACAUUCAUCUGACAAGGACAAACAUUCUUUCAACAUUUCUAAGGACAUGCAAUGUAACAAUAGCAACAAUGAUGUUGAUGCGGUUGAGGAUAAUGUUUACAGUACAAAAAUACCUUUAGGCCAAGCAGUGAUGUGCAAAGAAUAUAAGGAAAACCACAACAUUAGCAGUAGCAACAACAAUAGCAAAUGUGCCACUAACCAACAGUCAGCAACAUCAUCCCCCACAUUAACCGAACUUAUGAAAAUACGUUUAAAAUCGAAAACUCAAGAAAUAAGUAACCAACAAAAUUUAUCACCAACAACACAAAUUAGAAAUGCAACCAACUACACAGGAAAAACAUUUUACAAUAAUACAUAUAAUGCAAGGUCAGAGGAUGAGCAGCAGCUAAGGAAGACGACAUCCACGUCCCUACCAACAUCAGCAACAACAUCUUUCGAAUAUAUUGACAAUAACUCAGCAACAAUAACGCUAUCGUCGUCAUCAUCUCUUUUACCACCUACAACAACAACAACAAUGGGUUCUCUUAAUGUCAUUCAAGAUUUAGAUGAUGCUGGUAAUACUCGACGACAACAACAGCUACAACAACACGAGCCUCAUUUUAUGCCACAACAUCAACAAUAUUUGCCAUCAUCUAGUAAGGUUGCGGUUACAGCUGUUAAUGAAUACAACAUCAGCAGCUGCAGCAGCAACAACCAGAGUCCUUUGUUAAAUGACAGCAUUAGCUAUAAAACUGAGAUAACAAAUUCUAAUGCCCAUAAUCAAUUUGCUAAUAAAAAUUUCAAUACGAAUGCAUUCAAAACACAAUCACCAACAUUAGCUGAACGUUUAGAAAAAUUCCGACACAAACAGCAGCAGUGGCAGCAAUUCGAGCAAGAAUCUCAACAACUACAGCAAUACCCAGAGCUUGAUGAAAGCUUAUCAUAUAAUAAUUUUUCGUCAUCAGUUUAUGGCAGUAAUAAAAGUGAUUUGAAUAAAGACUCAACGCAGCAACGUAAUCAGCAAUUCGAACAGUCAGGGUCAUUAUUAGAGCGCAAUUUAUCAGCUGAACAAAUAUUUCAAAACAACUAUAGCUACAACAAAAAUCAUAUUAAUUAUUAUACUGCAAAUAAUGAAGAGAGUAUAGCUGCACAUGAAGUUGAAAAAGAAAAAUUAUCAAGGAAUUUUAUUGCAAAUAAUCCCUCCGGUAAUAGAAAUUGUAUAAAUCAUCAUCAUCAACAAACAGAGUUCCUACAGCCACAAGACGUUGAAAACGUUGUUAAUGAAACCGAUCUAACGCCUGUGCCAAAAACAGCCAAAGUAAAGCGAGUAGUUGUUCGUAAACGUAUUAUACGAAAAUCAAAAUCAAAAGAUCUCGACGACGACGUUAAAUCGGAGUUACCCGAAACAACAGUAAAAAAACCAGCAACCCACCAAAAAACUUUGUGGUUGGAAAACUAUUUGAAUAAAUUCAAUAAUCACAAAAACAAAGACACCCUCAACGCCGAAAAUGCAAAGUUAGCUAAAACUUUACAAACACCAAAUACUUCGAACAUUCCAAAUUUAGCAAGUGAGAGCAGAACAACUAGAGAAGGCUUCAUCAUGGGCAUGUUGAGGACUAUGAAAUUGAAAGAGCGCCUAGCGAUAAGUCUGGGCGCCACAUUAAUAUUACUCACCCUAUUGUUGGUAGUUGAUGUACAAAUGGAUUUUGGCGUUACAAAUCGUCAUUUGUUGCCAUCACAGCAUGAGGCGAUACAACAUCAACGUUUUCGUUUCGUAGACGAUGAUGGUGGCACAGGGGUGCUAAGAGAUUUUAAACGAAAGUUCCUGCAAAAAAGUAAUUACUCUGGUUCAAAAGAAACAUCAACGCCUCAAACAACACAACCGCGUCCUGGCAGUGCAGCUGGUGGCAGUGCCGGUAGUCAAAGUGCAGGCAUGAUUGCUACCGGUUUUCAAGAUUCAAAUGCAAAUGAAGUGCGACAACCGUUGCUGACGACAAAGAAACCAAUACCACAUGAUCGUUUUGACGAUUUGGUGAAAAUUGUUUCUGAUAGUCCGGGCAAUUUACAGUAUGGUCAUGUAAUUGUCGAUAGCGAUGAUGAAGGCGGUAGUAAUCCUACGUUGGGUGAAAUUCUGAAAAUGAAACCAAGCAAAAAUGCAACAAACUUAGAAAAAUUCCAAUUAAGAAUCUCAAAACACGAAUUGUAUGGUGAAAAUGAUACAUUGGUCGAUGCUUUACUCGAAGAUAUGCAUAAAUUACCCAUCAAACAUGUUGUACAAAAGGAAGGCGGCACACAGCUCAAACUAAUGAUUGAAUAUCAAAAUGAGGUUAAAGCAUUAAUGAAACCAAUGCGAUUCCCCAGGGACCAACAAACUUUACCCAAUCAUUUUUACUUUACUGACUAUGAGAGACAUAAUGCUGAGAUCGCUGCAUUUCAUUUGGACAGAAUUUUAGGAUUUCGUCGCGCCAUGCCAGUGACUGGUCGUUUGUUAAAUAUCACCACGGAAAUUUAUCAAGUGGCCGAUGAUAAUUUAUUAAAAACGUUCUUUGUUUCGCCUUCUUCGAAUUUAUGUUUUCAUGGUAAAUGUUCAUACUACUGUGACACAUCGCAUGCGAUUUGCGGUAAUCCCGAUAUGUUGGAAGGUUCGUUUGCUGCAUUUUUGCCCUCCUAUGAACAGGCUGGCAGAAAGGUUUGGCGUCAUCCUUGGCGUCGUUCAUACCACAAACGCAGAAAGGCUCAAUGGGAAACUGAUGCCAACUAUUGUUCCAUGGUUCGUGAUAUCCCACCUUAUGAUGAAGGACGUCGUUUAUUGGAUUUAAUGGAUAUGUCUGUAUUUGAUUUCCUAACUGGUAACAUGGAUCGUCAUCAUUAUGAAACAUUUAAAAUUUAUGGCAAUGAUACAUUUACUUUGCAUUUGGAUCAUGGUCGUGGCUUUGGAAAGGCUUUUCAUGAUGACUUAACCAUUUUGGCACCCAUGUUGCAGUGUUGUAUGUUAAGAAAAUCCACCGUUAAAAAAUUAUUAGAAUAUCACAACGGACCCAAGCCAUUAUCACAAGUAAUGCGCGAAUCAAUGAGUAUUGAUCCAGUGAGUCCGGUACUAUGGGAACCACAUUUGGAAGCUUUAGAUCGCCGAAUUGUUAUCAUCUUACAAGGUGUAAGAGAUUGCGUUAAGAAAAAUCCACCCGAAGAAUUUGAUGCAUCAGAAGAUAAUGUAUCAUCAUAGCGCUAUAGUUUAAAGAAACUCAAACCAAACUUAAAACAAUUAGUUUAAGCUUAAAAUUAACCAAGGAAACAACAAAAAUUAUAAAAAAAAAAUAAGAAAAUAAGUAAAUAAUUGUUUUUGUUUAUAUGAAAAUAGAAAUACUAUAUAAAAAAUAUUUAUAUAAUGUAAUUUUUUGUUAAAAUGUUAAAUUAAAACUAGCAUGAAAAAAAUAGUAAAAAAAACUAAAUCCUAACAACUAAAAAUGAGCGCUAAAAGAGCUUUUCAAAAAAGCUUUCUUAGCUAAUGCUCUCUAUUGAAAAAAUUUAAUUACAAAACGAAAAAAAACAACAAAUUUCAUUAAUUAGUUCUCAAAAGCUCUCGUUACAAUUAGUUUUAUAUAGAUUAAUUAAAACCAACAAUAAUAACAACAAUUUAAGCUUUAAAAGUGAUAAAUUUCUAAAAAAAACAAACAACUUCAUCCAUUAAAAAAAAACAACUUGUUAUUAAUUUGAACAAAAAGUUAAAAAACAAUAUUUAUUUGUUUAACAAAAACUUAAAAAAGUUUUUUUUAAGCAUCUGUUUAUUUCAAUAUCUACCGUUAUUUUUUGUCAACAACGUCUUGUUACUUUAGUACCUAAUUUAUGAGGACACGAGAAAGUCAAACAACACUAACAUCAAGAUCUUAUAUACUGGCAGCUAUAUAUUUUUUAGACGUUGUUU